AUGGUCUCAGCUAACAUCAUCAGACGCGAUUUGAAUAGGCCCGCUGCGAUUGAUAAAUCACUAGAAAUCGAACCAAAUAAAAAUGCGUCUGUGAUAGACGCGGUUAAGAAUUGUGAAUCUGUAAACAUUAGCAAGGAGACGAACUUUCAAGUUCGACAUUUGAAUUCGAUUUACUUGAAUAAUAUUUACUCUGUGACAACUAGCGGUUUGAUUGAAGAUCAGAUGGCAAUUGACAAGGUCAAAGUGGACGGGAUAAACUUAUACGAUGUUAUUACACCCGACUGUGGGGGCGCUGAAGUGUGCCCAAAUCUGAAAACCAGGGUUACUGAGAAGAAUACGAUUACAAUUGGAUUUCUGAGUGCCUACAGGUGGAGUCAGGUAAGUCUACGUACGCGUUAA